GCAACAAGAUGUUUGCGUUUGCGUUUAUUGCACUAAUACAAACCUUUGUGUCUCCGCACUUGAGAAUGCAACUGGUAUAGAAAUGUCAUUGGAAGGCAUCAAAGAACUAUGUCUUUGCGGCUCUCAAACCACAGAUUGUAUGUUAGGUGAGUGCGAGCGCUGCCCAUGGACUCAAAGCCUCACUCUGGCUAAUCUGGGAAUGGUUGACGAGGACGAGAUCACAUUUGCCGUAUGGGAAAGCGGUGACUUGAUAAAGAAGACGUUGUCUCCAACCCUUUUCCUAAAAGAGCUCGUCAAAUCGGUGACCAAAUGGAUCCCGCACAAUUACAUACGCCGCACUCAAGCAGCGGCUAUUCAUGAAGCAAAGAUGUGCGAGCAGCGUGGGAGCAUUGUCCAUUUUGAUUUUGCUGAAAACUGGACUGUCCUGCUGCCAAACGAAACGCAAUCGUACCAUUGGCAUAAAAAGCAAAUCUCCAUCUUCACCUGUGUUGCCACGACAAGGAAAGCCACACACAGUUUCGCCAUCAUAAGCGACGACAUGCACCACGACGCAGCGCACGCCUGUUGCGCCCUAGGCAAAGUGCACGAGAUGUUGGAUGAGAAAGCGCCCAUCUACUGUAACGUAACCUACGUCAGUGAUGGCGCAGCAAGCCAUUUUAAAAAUAGGUAUCAACUGUAUGAGUUGUGCCGCACCAAGUUCACGUCUGCAAGGUGGAUAUUUUCCGCUACCGGCCAUGGCAAGAACGCCUGUGACGGUGUGGGUGGACUCGUUAAGCAUCAUGCGUCCUUGCACAACCUGAGGUCUGGAUGCACCGAAUCCAUUCAGUCGGCGCAUGAGAUGGUCUCACAACUUAGCGACAAGCUCAAGAAUGUGACCCUGCUUCAUGCGCCUGCUGCAGCCAUCGAGGAGCAUCGUCAGCAGAAGUCAGUGGAGUGGAAGUCAGUGCCGCGUGUGCCGGGAAUUCAGUCAUGGCAUGUGUGGAUGUGUGCGCGCGAUCAGUCAAGCGGAUAUGUGCUGUCCGUUUCGAGAACUUCCGCUAGCCAGCUGACGGCGAUUAAACCUUUUUGAGUAGUAACUGCAAAGAACACCCAAUAAACUUGUUCGAGCCCCACAAGAAGUCUCGAGUUCUGUCUUGCAUUCAAGAAUACAAAGCAGAAAACAGGUUUUCUCUUCUUGCCACAAUAGAAGAAGCACGUAAGCCUUCCUUAAUUUGUGUCAACCAUUCCCUUCUAUAUUUUUUUUCCCCUUUUUUAAGAAAGAGUGUAAGUGUUAACAAGCCGAAAGGAGUCAUCGCAGCACCGAAGCCAGUGCGCCCAGGAAGGGCUACUUUGGCCCGCUAUAUUUCGUGAACAAAGCAAAUGAGGACACAUAAUAUUAAAACCAUGUUUUGACUGAAGUAAGCGGGUUUCGAUCCAAAAGUUUGGUUAAAAUUGGGACCGGAGUUUCUUUUAUUUUAUUUUUUGAAAACUCGCUUUUUUGAAAAAACUCACUUCUUUAACUAUUUUUUUCAUCUUUCACGCUGCUUCUAGAAAAACAAUCUUUUGCAGGAAUGUUUAAUGGACAUUUGUCUAUAUUUGACACAUUUUUGAAGUUUCUGAAUAAAAUAGGAAACGCGCCAAGGCGCUUGGAAGAUAGCAAAUUUUUUUUAUUUGGGCCGAGUUUGCCAUUUUUUCAUAUUUUUUGCAUUUUGCGGACAGCGUAAGGAAAGUAUGGAUGUAACUCAGAAUGAUGCGUAUUAAAACCUGUAGAAAAAACUUUCGACACAACGUUUAUAGUGCGCCUCAAAUUCGCCCGCGAAAUCGGGAAAUGUUGCGGUGAGCAAUAGCGAGACGCCCGCGCGGCCAUCUUCAAAUAUUUUUUUGACGCGCUGGGAUCGUUUUUUCGAAAUGAGAUCUGCGGUUCCAUGACCUUCGAAUACACCCACAUAACAUAUAAAAAACCCAGACAAAACAAAAAUAUCGACUGGACAUGCAUGUUCAAUCUCUCGUGGAAUCACCCUUCAUACUUUUUUGUGCUCUCCUUUUGCAUGCUUUGACCUGCCUUUUUUUCUUUUCCUUUGCAGUAUAUUCCACGGGUAGCAGAUGUUGACUUUUCCUUUGUAUUAUUGACUGCUCUUUCAGCUUACAUGGUGUACCUAUCGUACCUUUUGUUUUUGCUUCUGAACUUCACGCAUCCACUGUUUAAUAAAAUUCUACAUGAGCGGCUGCGGUGGCUUAGUGGUUAGGGGGCUCGGCUAUUAACCUGAAAGAUGUGGGUUUGAUCCUAGCGGCUGUGGUCGCAUUUUGAUUGAGGCAAAAUGCUCGAGUCCCAUGUACUGUGCGAUGUCAGUUCACGUGAAACCCCAGGUGAUCAAAAUUACCCAGAGUUCUCCACUAUGAAGUCUUGUCAUAGCCUGAGUUGCUUUGGUACAUUAAACUGCAUCAACCAACUAAUAAAAUGCUACACCUAUACUGUGUUUUGUGUGUGUACUCCUGUGUGAACCUUUCAAGGCUUACAGUAUUAAUAAAUAAAAUGAAAGUUUUGUAUUUAUGCGCCAAUAAAAAAGUCACAUUCAAAUAGCACUGCUAUGACGCUUGACAGAACUUCUUUGAAAAACUUGAAAAAGCACAACCCCAACUUAAGUAUAAUUAAUAGUGAGUUUAACCUAAUGCAUAGCAGUUUGCAGCGCAGGACAAAAACAAAUUGCAGUGGAUAUUUUUCAGAACUGAUCCUUCAGCUGAGCUUAUAAAUAGUUAAGGUAACCCCUAAAAUAUACAAUGUUUUAUUGAAAGUUAUCCUCCUUUCAACCAAUAACUGCCAGCUGUCCCUACCUUUCUCUUUCACCAUAAAUUUCUGAGGAUUGUCUGUCUUUGUAAGUACUAAACCCAACAUUUGUUUUCACCUUUAUACUUGCAUUAAUUUUGUUCAAAUUCAUAGGGCCUGUACAGAUUGUAACCUCGUUUACAUAGUUUCUUACAGGAAGCUCUGCUUUCGUGCAAGUUCACAUCCAUGUAAGCUAGUGAUCAGAGUCCUGAAAUGCAUUGUGUUUUGGAAAUGAAGUGCCAUAGUAUUUAUGUUAGUUGCCUUUCAAUUAGCUUGCCUAAUCAAUAUGGUGUUGGUGCAAAAGUUUUGCAGGUAUUGAAAAAUGACUAGUAACAGUAUUCAAGAAAACAACCUAAGUCUUCUGUGGUCUCUCUCUCUUUUUUUUUAAUGAAAGAGAAACAAGCCCUUGAAAUGUUUAACAUACCAUAUAAGAAUGUGUCCAAACAUCAGUGAUAGCUGCAGCGUCAAACAUAAACCUCAUCAUCUGGCAUGCCAUGCAUCCUACACACAUUCAAAACCAGCACUUUAUGUUCGAUAAGGACCAAGAUGCACAUUUACAUGUAUGUGAGAAAGAGCUCAACCUCCUGAUCCCAGUAUGACAUGCUAUGCUAAUAUUUGGCAAGAUUUAGAUACCUGGACUCUCUGACACACAAAUGCAAUGACCAUAAUAUAGCAUUUAGCAUUUGCAAGGUUUUUCUUUCUUCAUUCAAAGAAAGGAUUAAAAAAAGGCCUAUAUUGAUUUAAGCAUUGUUAUUUGAUAUUUCUUGAUAUCCUCCACAAUUUUUACACUGACUUCAUAUUGAAUAAUUAAAAUACAUGGCACAUCUGAGUAAGAAUUUAUUUCAGAACAAUUGAGUAAAGCAGACUGCAUGUGUUUAUAGCAUUGUAUUUUACUUGAUAUUACUGAAUUACAAAUAUUUUUAAAAGGACC